GCCUGUUGCACUACGCCAUAAGCGUACAUGAGGAUUUCACCGUACGCAUAUUACAAUGCGCGGCUAGGGAGUUGAGAAUUGCUUGCCACCCCAGCGUUCAAAGUCUGGUCACCUGCCCUUCCAGGCAAACGUCGCAUGUUACGUGGCUGUGCUACCCCAGGUUGCAGAAUACUUGCGAAGAUGAAACGCACUCGGGGGCCCGGGAAACAAACGAAAAUUCAGGAAUACAUUGCUCCUUCUCAAGUAGACAAACCUACACCUACAGAAGGCCAGGAGGCGCGUCUCCGGCGACGGAAGCCACUUCCAAGAGAGAAUCACUUCACGGAUGACUCGGACUCUAGUGAAUAUGUGUCCAAGAUCAAGCUCGAAGAGGGCAAAACAAACAGAAAGCAUAAGUCCCCCGUUAAGUCUCGCGUGAAGGCAAGAGCAAGAGUACUGUCUUCGGGUGAAGACAGUCCACUUGCUGGAGAUGAGAGCGAUGAUGUUCGCCGCUCUGAUGCGUCAGAACUAUCCAAUUCCACAACGUCCUCGUCCUCGUCAUCACCCUCGUCAUCCUCGUCUAAGCCACAGCGACCUUUCAAGCGAAGGAGGCUUAUCCCGGAUUCAUUUCGUCCUGCGUCCAAAGUAAAGGAGUCCGAAAAUGGGGAAACACGCAUCUUCUCGUCAACAUCCUCAGAUCCUAGUAGUCCUGAGCCUGUCAAACGUCGGCGCGUGCCAGAACCACAAUCUUCUCCACAACAACCCUCUUCGGGGGACGAUGAGGACGAUAUUAUGGACGAAGUAGAUUCUGACAGGAUCAUUGAACAAAGGUUCAGAACUAGAGCAUUAAAGCAGUCCGCCUUUUCCAGGAAUCUUGAAAUGCUAAAGGAGAGGCAAGCAAAGCGAAGAGGAACAAUUCCGUCAUGCAGGGUUAGGAAGGAAGAGGAAGAACGAUCCGAGUCUCCCUCUUCCGGCUUUUCAGAUAGUCUGAAACCAUUCAGGGGUGCCGUACCACCUGGGGAGACAGUCCAGAGUGAUAGGGAACCAGAAUCGGAUGAGCCAGAAUCUGACGGGGAUAGCUUUGUCGUUGAGGAUGAUGGCGACGUUGAGGGAAAAGUGGUGAUCCCAAUCGAGUUUAGCAUGGCUCGCCACCAGGACCUCCGUCUGCACUUCAAGAACCUAUGUUUGUAUUUUGUGCAUCUAGCAGCAACUGAGCAGUCAAAGCGGCAGCGAUUCGUUAAGAAGGCUAGGAAAGAUCGAGAGUUUCAACUCGCUUUAUCCGUUUUGGAUCGUAAGCUGUCCGGCUUUCGGGAUUCGUUAGUCGUUUCGUCCAAAUGGACUAGCAAGUUCAGACAGGAGCUCGACACAUACCCACUCUGCUCAAAUGAACGAUUGACCGAUAGCUUGCCCAUUUGUGAUGCAUGUCAUAUUUCAGGGCGGAUAGCGACAAUUUCAACUACACUUUCAGGAAAGCCAUACGAUCGUGAGACAUUCGAGGUGCUAGAAGUGUCCAAUAGGAAGAAACAUGAAGACGUCAUGUUCUCGAUGGGAAGAUUUUGUGCACGGAGAGCGUCCGUCUAUCAUUCCUUCUCACAUUGGCAGCAUGAACUGUUCAGCAUUAUUGAAAGCGAAGUGAAUGACCUUCAGCGCCCUGGGGACUCUAGAAAGGGAAAAUUUGCUAAAACCCCUUCGAGGGCCUCGAAGCAGAUGCCCGAGGAUGUGGAAGAUCCUGUACAAAUCAUGGAGUGGUUAGAUCGUCGGGGUAUCGUUGAUUAUGAAUAUUCAAGGAUGAAGAAGUUAAUGGAGUCGGCUCGCAACCUUGACACGCACGAGGACGACGACACUUUCUUAGGUUGAUGAAUGUUUUGCAUUGGAUUGACCAUGGAGCCGAGCAAACGUGAAGAAUUACAUGAGGUGGGAAUGAAGGAGAAUGACUAAAGCGGUCCACAUCAGAGGCAGCAUCUGUGAUGACAGUCGUUAUUGUUUUUCCGAUCUAUCGAAAAAUUCUGCAAUCCCCACAAGCGACGACAGAGACCGAUUCAGGGUCCCCUUCCACCAUGCGGGACGAUCUCCCCCUCGCCUUAACUGGAGACCAUGCGGCCCAUAUGUUUGAGGUCUUGAAAGCCGGUAGAGCCUCAGCUGCCGGGCAUCUGCGUUUCACACCACUGAAUCAACAAUGCCUUUCGAUCUUCAUUAGUUAGGGCGGUUGGGGGUGGGUAUUGUGGACCUCCUGGCCUCUGGC